UCCCACCUGACCUUGAGCCUUCCUCCAUGCUCUCUGCCGUACGAUGUUCGCGGAUCUUGCGAAACAAUUACAUUUCAUCGUCCCUAAAAGACUCAGUCCGCUGGAGUAGCUCUGCACCUUCCCGACGUGCAGCGGCCGAGGUAGACGAAUGUGGGAUUCCUCGAGGACCGACGUGGUCCGUCAACGAGCUGCUGUCCUCUUAUCCUAAACCCACCAUCACUCCGGCUACCUUGAAGAAACUGCAUAAUCUUUCCGCUCUCAUUCCACCGGGGGAGAAUACAUCAGAACACGCGAAGCUCACCGCUGAGGUGGAGAGCCUCGUCAAAUUGGUGGAGGCGGUCAAGCUUGUAGACUUUGGACAGCACGAGGUAUCGCAAGCGGGCGACAUUCCGGAUGGGAGGAUAUGGGCUGAGGGUACAGGCAUCAGGCUGGAGCGCGAUGAAGUUUCGCAGGAGUUACAUGGAAGAGAUCUACUACGCAACGCUUCCCGCACCGAAGAUGGCCUGUAUGUCGUUGAUAUUGAUAGGUCGAGGUGAAGAGCGCCAUUUUUUCGUGCGAUUGGAGGGAGAAGCGUUGAGAGUGCGUGCAUAGCGCUCAUCAUCAAACUACAGGAGGUGAGUCGGUUUGG